AUGCCCAAGAGGGACGCUGAAGGCGUAUGCAUGUGCCACGACGGACUGACCAUGGCAUCUCAUAUUGGCACUCACCCAUACACACAAUACUGCAGGAAUACGACAUCACACAAUUCACUAGAGUACAAACACUUGCCCACAUACACCACCGACAUCCUGCACGCACCUAUACACACACAACCCAACACACAACCACCAAGAUAA